AUGGACGACGCACAACCAGACACGAGUUGUCAAGAUGAUUGCUGCGGCAGCGUCUCGGCCAUCACCAAAAUCGAGGAUGUUGAAAAUGACAAUAAUCAUUCUCUCCCCACCAUCAAAUGUUCGGCAAAUGCUUGCUGUGACAACGAUUCCUCUGGAUCUUUCAAACAAAAGCGUGGUCCGCAGGCAAGUGGAAGAAGCUGCUGCGAUGAUCAGUCCGCAGGGACCUCUUGCGACACGGCUGUCUCACUCCCUGUUGAGCUGGCCCAUGGAAAUUGCGAAGAAGGUCUCGUCAUCGAAGGUGGUGAGGGAAAGAGCGAUACUUGUUUGCGCGCGCAUCUCCCAAAACGCUGCUCGCACAUCCUUCCAUCAAAGACCUUUGCUCCUACCGAAUCGAAAGCGUCAGAAUGUUGCAGUGGUAUGCCUUCUCCCUGCUGCGACGAGUCUUGUCUAGAUCGUUUGGCUCUACGCGAGUGUGGUACUUGGACGGAUACCCCGCGGGGUGAAACCACCCAACAAGAUGGGUCAUUGAAAUCGGGACCAAAGAAAGGUGAAGCACCCCAACGUAGAGCCUGCGAGCAUCAUCGACAUUCUGUUCGCGAACAGUAUGCCACCAGACUCGCAACCCUAGGAUGUAUCUGCCGUGCUCUUAUUGCUCUAGGCAAAGAGUCAUGCUGCCUUCCUCGAGGAAUCCCGUCGCCUAUAAGGGAAAAAAGGUCCAAAGAAUCGCUGAAAAGGGUACCCUCGCGUAUCUCGGUUGACUCCUGUUGCGCAAAGGGCACGUCCACCGCUAGAGACGUUGAAGCCAGCCCAAAGCGUCGCAAUGCGUGUGGCUCUGAGAAACGUGCUGUGGAGAGCUGCUCGGGUAAGUCUUGUUGCAAACCUAAGAGCGCUUCUUCUAGGGAUAAUCUCCCAGAUCUUUGCACUCCUGAAAAUUCAUUUCGGGCCAGCAACAAAUACUCAAAGCUAGACAACAGAGCAUGCACCGAGAUUGGGGGCAAAGCCAGCGACAAGAUUACUAUGGCCCCUGAUCUGGAGAGACAGAACACGGGCAUCGAGCAUGUCGUUCUCUCGGUUUCUGGCAUGACUUGCACUGGUUGCGAGACGAAACUCAACAGAACUCUAGCGACAGUGUCAGGUGUCAGGAAUCUUAAGACGAGCCUCAUCUUGUCACGUGCUGAUUUCGACGUGGAUCUCAAUAUGUCGAGUGUCAAGCAUGUGAUGAAACAUCUGGAGCGUACUACAGAGUUUCAAUUUGAAGUGAUCACCAGCAGUGGAUCGAGUGUGGAUAUUAUUACGUCCGAGGAUCUGUCGACGUUCGUCAAUCGGCCAUGGCCUGAAGGAGUGACAGGCCUGUCUCCGGUCAACAAGGACGAAAUUCGCGUAUCUUUCGAUCCAGAGGUUGUUGGAGCGCGCGACCUCGUAGAGAAACAUUGGGCAGGGAUUGCAAGGCUAGCGCCUGCCCGCAACGAUCCAGCACUCGGGGCUGGAAAAAAGCAUGUCCGUCAUGUCGGAUAUAUCACACUUCUUUCUCUGAUUCUUACCAUCCCGGUCUUGGUCUUAGCGUGGGCUCCAAUCCCCGAGCGAGAAAUACCCUACAGCUCUGCGUCAUUGGCACUGGCAACGCUGGUUCAAGUUAUCGUCGCGGGGCCAUUUUACCCCAAGGCGCUGAAGGCUCUUAUCUUUUCGAAGGUCAUUGAGAUGGACCUUCUUAUUGUUCUGAGCACCAGUGCAGCUUACAUCUUUUCCCUCGUCUCGUUUGGCUACCUCGUUGCUGGCAACCCGUUGUCGACAGGCCAGUUUUUCGAGACCAGCACGCUCUUGGUCACCUUGAUCAUGGUUGGGCGUUAUGUUGCCGCUCUCGCCCGUCAGAAAGCAGUCGAAUCGAUCUCUAUUCGAUCACUUCAGAGCCAACAUGCUGUCCUAGUGGACGGUUUGAACUCGUUCGAGGGUAGGGAGAUUGACGUCAGGCUUUUGCAGUACGGUGACAUGUUUAUGGUGGCCCCUGAUACGAGGAUUCCGACCGAUGGUACCAUUGUGUCUGGCUCAUCUGAAGUGAACGAGUCAAUGCUCACUGGGGAGUCUCGUCCUGUCGAGAAGGGCCCUCAAUCCCGCGUUAUUGCUGGGACAAUCAAUGGCUCAGGAACUUUACUUGUCCGGGUCACUCGACUGCCCGGCGACAACACCAUCACCGCUAUCGCUGCAAUGGUGGAUGAAGCCAAGCUAUCCAAACCAAAGAUGCAAGAGCUGGCAGAUAAAGUGGCUUCUUACUUUGUUCCUGUCAUUGUGGCCCUGGCCACCGCUACGUUUGUCGUCUGGAUUGCAGUUGGUGUGGCGGCCCAAGGCAAGACCGGAUCAGAAGCAGCCGUUCAGUCUAUCACCUACGCCAUUACCGUGCUGAUUGUCUCCUGUCCCUGUGCUAUUGGCCUCGCUGUUCCGAUGGUGGUUGUUUUUGCUAGCGGUAUUGCGGCAGAGCAUGGGGUGAUCUUCAAGUCCGCUGAUGCGAUCGAAGUGGCCUAUAAGGCGUCUCACGUGGUUUUUGACAAAACAGGAACUCUGACGCAUGGUAAGCUAAGCGUAAUCGUCGAAGACUGUCCCGAGGGUGGUGAAUCACGACUGCCCCUUCUCCUAGGCCUCGUCAGCAACAAUAAGCACCCGGUCUCUGUUGCUGUUGCUGACCACCUGAGGCGGAAAGGAGUGAUUGCAGCGGCUUUCCCAGGAGCCAAAAGUUUGACCGGCCGAGGCAUGGAAGGUGAGGUGACUGGGCAAACGGUGCGGGGAGGAAAUGCUCGCUGGCUCAAUGUUCAAACCCACCCCCUGGUACAGCCAGUCCUUCUGCAAGGCUAUACUGCGUUCUGUUUUACCAUUGACGGGGUACCGUGGGCGGUUUUUGGCCUUGAGGACUCUCUCAGGGAUGACGCUUCUCAGGUUGUCACCGCUUUACUGAGACGGGGUGUGUCGGUCCAUGUGGUAUCGGGUGACGAUGUCGAACCCGUUCAAAAAGUGGCAUCAACUCUGGGGAUCUCAGAGAGGAAUGUACAAGCCCACAGCUCUCCAUCCGACAAGCAGUCCUAUAUUAAGAAUCUUUUGGAAGAUGCAUCGAAUGUUCAGGAGCCCGUUGUCAUAUUUUGCGGAGAUGGAACCAACGAUGCCGUCGCGCUGGCGCAGGCAACUGUCGGCAUUCACAUGAAUGCAGGCAGCGACCUUGCGCAGGCUGCUGCCGACGUGGUGUUAAUGAGGCCAGCUCUAUCCGGGAUUCUUACCGUGAUGGAUACAAGCAAAGUGUCUGUACGGCGGAUCAAAUUCAACUUCGGUUGGAGCUUCGUUUACAACACAUUUGCCGUGCUUCUUGCUGCCGGGGCAUUCGUGAAAGCUAGGAUUCCUCCUGAAUUUGCCGGGCUGGGUGAACUCGUCAGCGUGUUGCCUGUCAUUAUCGCCGCAGUGCUCCUGCGAUGGACCCAGAUCUAG